AUGAUCUCCUAUGGUAAUUAAUCUAUCUCCCGAUAAGCCGUAAUAAUACAGUAUAUGACACAAGUUAUAGCAAGCUACUGUGACUGUCAAAUCAAUGGACAUGAAACUCAGGUGCCUACAGAAACAACCAACAGUAAAUUGGACUCUCAACAGGAAAUAAUUGACAGUUUGGAAUCAAGAUGGCUACAAUUAAUUGAGAAGGAUGAAUUCAAGCUUGAUAGAAUGAGAGAUGCUGAAUCAACAGCUGACAGGCUUGAGGGUCUUCUACACAAACAAUGGAACCCUUGCGCAAAAAGAGGUUAUUUCAGAUGUUUCAAUUCUGGAGAAUGUAUCCAUCCACUUUUGGGUUGUGAUAAGAUAACUGAUUGUUUGGAUGGUUCUGAUGAGGAACCCUCAAUUUGUGAUGAGUCUUAUAGACCAGGCAGAGGAUCAUGUACCGUUGUCCUUCCUGUCUAUCAAACAUGCUUUCCCUUAGCUGCAUCAGAAGUUAUAAUCAGAAGAGUUAUCACCAAAAUCACAAGGUCAAGUUUCCUACCUCAAUUCUUUGAAGGUUCUGCUAUUGAUGACUAUACCUUCAAAGAUUCUAUGGGCAGAAAUGUAAAAGGAAGUAUUCCUGUAAAAUUCAACUAUCACUUUGCGACAAUGGUCUCUAACUGGUACAUGACUAAUAAACAAUACAGAUUAAGAGCAAUGGCAAAUUUCACAUUCAGCCGUGGAGUUGCCUAUGGUCAAAUAUACAAGGGGUCACGAUUAGACGAAGUAUGUUCCGAUCAUGCCAUCUGGAAAUGUGGAGCCUAGAGAGAAAUAAAUAUGAACACAUUAUUGACAUGUAAUUUAUGGAUAAUCACAGCAUUACUGAAUCGGUAAGGUGAUUAAAUUUCCCAGAAGUGGAAAUCACUAACCGAUUAGCAAAAAUCAUGUGCCCCAUUGGUACAUGUUGGCUUUUAGUGAACACUUAUUUCUUAUAAACACCCCCAUAGUUAUUGUUAAAAACAUUGUUUGUAAUGAAUUACUUUUCUGUCGGUAACUUUGUGGCUAUUUUGGAGUUUGGAAAAAUCAGAAAGACAGUGCUCUAAAUUCUAAAAUACAUAGCAUUUGAGUUAAAAACCAUAUUUUGGUGAUUUCUAACUGGAUUUCCAUAUUCUAAACCCUCUUAAGAUCGGUUUUUAGCUUAUGUUUGAUUCAAAAUCUAACAACACAGAUAUUUUACUUAUAAAAGGGCUCUAAUUUUAUAUGGGAAAAUCUAAAAUAACUAAGUAAAAGCUAUCCAAUCUACAUUUUUCAAAGCCCUUUGAAUUGAUAAUACAUUUACAAAAAUUGAAAAAUUGGUCAAGUAUGGCAAAAUCUGGGCAUAGUAAACAUCAACACCUUUGAAGUCACAAAAAAUGUCACCUUGGAUGGAUAUUCACUUCAGUAACUGAGUUUUUUUUAUAUAGACGGAGGGUGGAGUACGUUACAAAGAAAUGGUAGAUAUACUUAGAGGGGGAAUAACCCCAGGGUUCAAAGAAGACAUAUGUCUAUCAAUAUUAUGUUUAUUUCUGGCGUGUUAAUUAAUAUCAUAGCUUGUUCAGAUGUUGAUGAAACAAAAAUUCUCCAUAUAAUGAGCAAAAAAAUGUUGAAUUCUGCAAUAAGAUAAAUGGAUAAACAGUGAAACCUGUAAAGUGGAACACCUCUAGAAGUGGA